AAUGGAAACCCUUUUAUACAUUCGAUGAUUACGUAUAAUGCAAAUAUUUGCAAAUCUAACACGCUAUAUUAUAUUCUUGGAUCCCUUCUUGGAUUGGCUGUCGUGAUUAUCAUACUUUUGUGUAUUAAGAAAACAAUAUUAAUGUGGCUUUAUGAGCGAAAUCUCUGUUUCAAAUGGAUUUCCCGCCCGGAACCCAAAGAAGACACUGUCCUACAAAUUGACGCAUUUCUGGCAUUUUCACAUGUUGAUGUUGAUCUGAUAAAGGAGUAUUUGGAUAACCUGGAAAGGGGACCUCGCGAGUACAGACUCUGCUUCUAUCAACGGGACUGGCAGAUAGGCGCAUCCAUUCCAGACUGCAUAUUGCAAUCAAUUCAGGAUUCCAGGAGAAUCAUCAUCUUGCUGACCAACAACUUUAUCAAUUCUCCUUGGGCUGUCUUUGAAUUCCGAUCGGCCAUUAGGGCCACCUCGAUGGACCCGAACAAGCGACUGCUUGUCAUUAUGUAUCCAGAUGCUAACUUGGAUAAUCUAGAGCCCGAACUGAAGCGGUACUUGACGUACAACACGUAUCUGAGGCGAGAUGAUCCCCAAUUCUGGAGGAAGCUGAUGUUUGCGAUGCCCCAUAAAGAGGUCCAUGGUGAACAACCUGAACCAACAGAACGUCCAGCAAUUGGGGAAAUCCAACUUUAAAUAUCUACGAUUGAACACUCUGGCACUCUGCGUCCAUCAAAAUGAGACUUUCUUAUUUCUAAUUGCAACUUUAUAUCAACAUCAAGGUUACAGAACAUAACGAAAGAAAACUAUAAAUCAUAACGUAAAAUGAUUUUUG